AUGGUUUCAGCAUUGAAUAUUCCUCCUCCCAUUAAUCAAAUGGACGAGAAGUUUCGGAUUGCAAUUGAACCCGAAUAUGUGGAGCUGUACGACAAGUACCACGUGGGACGGCUGGCAUAUUAUGAGGUUCCAAUAGAGAUCCACCGCAAAGACCCACUGAAGCAUGCAAUUAUGUAUGGCAAAGAGAUCGUUAAGUUUGAUGGAUACACGGAGGACUUGAAGAUUCCUGUUGAGGGUGGUGAGAUCUUGGUUAGGUAUUACCGUCCGAGAGAUGCCUUGGAAGACGAGACACCCAGACCAGCUCUUGUCGAUUUCCAUGGAGGCGGCUUGGUAUUUGGAGAUAUUGAUAGUGAUGAUAAUUACUGCAAGCGUGUUUGCCGCGAAACAGGCGCGGUCGUGUUUAAUGUUGAUUACAGACUAGCGCCCGAGUUUCCAUAUCCUGUUCCACUAAACGACUCCUGGGAAGCUUUGCAACACAUUGUUGGUAAUGCUGAAAAAUAUGGAAUAGACAAAUCCAAAGUUGCCAUUGUUGGAAGUUCUUCUGGUGGCAAUCUAGCUGCAGCUCUUGCCCACAGAGCCAGAGAUGCUGGAAUUAAAAUCUGCUACCAGAUCCUGUGCGUUCCUGUCUGUGAUGCCACUGCAGUCACACAUGAUUGGACUGCCGUAGCAGAGGACUGCCCCUAUCCUAGUUGGAAGGAGAACUACAACAGUCCAGACUUGUCGUUCCAGUUCAUGUCAUGGUUAUAUCAAUACUCUUUGGGAAACCCAAGACCCGCAAAGUAUGACUCCAAUCCCGAACUCAAUGUGGUUCAGUCAACAAAUUUCAAGGCCCUUGCUUCUGCCAUCAUUUUUACAGCAGAAUAUGACAUUCUGCGAGACGAGGCAGAACUCUAUGGAAAAAAGCUGCUCGAAAAUGGUGUGGACUGCGAGGUCAUCCGAAUGGCUGGUGCCAUCCACUCUUUCAUGGACAUAGAUGAUUUUCUAGAGACUGGAAAGGAGUAUAACCGGAUCACCAUAGAUAGGUUGAAGAAGGCCUUUGCAUGA